AUGCGUAUGACGCUCAACACCAUGACCUGGCGACGCAGGGAAAUGGUUCGCUGGUUGGUCAGCUGUGCUACUGAGAUAGGAGUCCAGGCCCUAAUGAAUAUUAUGCAGAAUUGGUACACGCUCUUCACACCUAUCGAGGCUACAACUAUCGUGGCAGUGACCGGGACCACACAUGCCACAUUGCUAAGGCUGAGCCUGGGUUCAGGGCAACGGGAUGAGCUGUGCAGUUGUGCCCGGACACUGGCGUUGCAAUGCGCCAUGAAGGACCCGCAAAACUGUGCCUUGCCAGCCCUGACCCUAUGUGAGAAGAACCACGCGGCCUUCGAGGCAGCCUACCAGAUUGUGCUAGAUUCCGCAGCCUCAGCUGGCAUGGGCCACUCCCACCUGUUCACCAUCGCCCGGUAUAUGGAGCACCGCGGGCUGCCUGUUCGUGCCUACAAGCUGGCUACCUUGGCCUUCUCGCACCUCAACAUUGCUUUCAACCAGGACACCCAUCCAGCGCUCAACGACGUCCUGUGGGCCUGCUCCCUCAGCCAGUCCCUGGGGAAGAACGAGUUGGCGGCCAUCGUCCCGCUCGUCAUCAAGAGCGUGCAGUGCGCCCCCAUGCUCUCCGACAUCUUGCACCGUUGGAGCCUUCCUCCCCCAGGUCUCGCUUCGAUGGGCGGAGGGCGCCGUGGGGCAGGCGGCACGGGUACCGGCGGGAAGCUCUUCGCCAUGGACAAGGCCCCUCUCUGUCAGCUGCUGGAGGCCGCCAUGGCGGCUUACAUCAGCACCACCCACUCACGCCUGACCCACAUCAGCCCACGGCACUACGGCGAAUUCAUUGAGUUCCUGGGGAAAGCCCGCGAAACUUUCCUGAUGGCCCACGAAGGGCAUCUACGCUUCAGCCAGUUCCUUGACAACCUCAAACAAACUUACAAGGGCAAGAAAAAACUUAUGUUGCUCGUUCGGGAACGGUUUGGCUAGGGGGGGAAACAUGCUUUGACUAAGGGGGAGCAACCGGAGGGACAUUUCUCCCCCUUGAUCAGAAGCACUUUGGCUCGGAGGGCGGGGCAGAAAGAUCAGUUUUCCUUGGAGCACAAGUGUCCUGAACCCGUGGCCAGGCAGCGCCUGGGGUUUGCUCCCCACCUUCAGGAACUCUCUUGCCUGCGUGCGCGCUCCUCCCAUCCCCGGAAGGAGACCUGAGCCGAUGGGGAUGGGCUUCAGGCCGGAGCCUCAGAAGUGAGGGAGGGGAAGGGUGCCUGCAUCUCUGUAGCUGGGCACAGGCUCUUGUGAAAAGGUCUCUCUAGUUCAGUGUUUCUCAACCUUGGCAACUUGAAGAUGUCCGGACUUCAACUCCCAGA